AUGCAAUACUUCAGCAUCAUCGCCUUGACCAUCGCCUUGGCUGGCGUUAGCAACGCGGCACCUCAUGUCACUCGGCAGGCCAUCAACGGUUCUGACUGUGGAUUUGAUUUCCAGUGCAAGAGCAACAACUGCCUGAAUGGUAUCUGCCAGGACCUUUCCCGUGGGGCUGUUAAUGGCUCCGACUGCGGCUUUGAUGGUCAAUGUCGCAGUGGAAACUGCCAGGAUGGCAUCUGUCAAGACCCUAAGCCAAAGCAGACCACCGGAUCAGCUAUCAAUGGCUCCGACUGCAGCUUCAACGGCCAAUGUCUGAGCGGGAACUGCAAGGGGGGUAUCUGCCAGGCUCUCAAGAACGGAACAGCCAUCAACGGUUCUGAUUGCAGUUUCAAUGACCAAUGCAUUAGCGGAAGCUGCCAGAAUGGUACAUGCCAGGACCAAAAGCCUAAGCCGAGUGGUGGCUCGGCUGUUAAUGGCUCUGACUGCGGAUUCGAUGAUCAGUGUCUGAGCAGAAAUUGCCAGGAUGGUAUUUGCCAAAACCCUAAACGUGGAUCAGCCAUAAACGGCUCGGACUGUGGCUUUGAUGAUCAGUGUUUGAGUGGAAACUGCCAGAAUGGUAUUUGCCAAGAUCCUCGUGGUGGAGCUUAG